AUUUAAUCACCCCAUUAAUUGGACGUUUAUUCACUUUUUCGUCUACAAACAGCCAAUCAAUAUCCACAAACCUUGGCCCAUCCCCAUAGAAGAAUAAUAAUAACAUAGAAAAGAAGAGUUAGCGUAAAAACAGAAUAUGCUUUUGCUCUUUUUGGUACAUAUCCCUUUGAGCUUUGAUGACUAGUCCCGUCCCAUAAAAAAUUUCGGUCCUAUUCCCUGCUGGAUUCUCUGAAGUAGUCCAAUUAUUCAUCCACAAUUACAAUUCCAAUUUCUUUCUCAAUUGUUUUCUUUGUUUUGGUUUACGAAUUUGCGUUUUUCUUGGUGGCCUUUACAUUAACUUUCUUGGUUGCCAAUAUUAAUAGUCUUCACAGCUACGUUUUUCUUUCUGGGUUUUUUUUGUUUUGGUUCAACUUUUGUGAAGCUGAAGAUGGGAUUGCUUGUUUGGCUUCUGGGUUUAUGUUCUAAGUUAUUAGCGGUCGUUUUAUGCCUACUUGUGAUCCUUAUUAUUGUAACCCUGGAUGCUGCUGCUGAUGCUAGUACUUCGAAAACGGAGAAUCCUGAUAGGAAGAAGAAGAAGUUGGACGGUAAAGGGUCAUCAAAAAAGGGUGGUGCGGCAAAAGGGACCAGAAAGAAAAACAGGGUCGAAUUUAUGGAUGAUGCUGUGGUGGUAAGAAAAAGUAAUGACGUUAAUGUUUUGGCGGAGAAAUUCGUUGAGGAUGUUGAAUUAUGUCAGGGUAUGUCUGAAAAGGAUGGGGAAGAAGAUGACUGCAAAUUAAUGGAGGAUGUAGGUGAUGUUGUGGUGGUCCGAAGCGUUAAUAAUCCCCUUGAUGAUGAUUCUGAAAAACCCUCUGAUGCUUUUGACUCUUUCGGAGAAAUUGCUAUUAAAGAUGGGUAUGUUGAUCAGUGUCUGGAGGAAGGAUUAGAAAAAAUACAAGUCCCAAUAUAUGACCUAGGUGAGGUAAAUGUGACGAAGGAUGUAGAAAGAACUGAUGGAUCAAAAGAUAUUGGAACACCAGCGGCUGAGGCAGAGGUAGCUGCGGAAAACAGUGAAGUUGUUGUUGAUUGUAAUGUUAAAGUUAGGGAUGCGGUCACCAGUUGCUUAGAAGGGUUCCCUGUUGAACAGGGUAUGAAUAUUGACAUGUUAGGUAGUGAGGAUAGCUUAGAAUCCAUGAAUGAUAAUGACAGGGCUGCUGGUAAAAGAGUGGUCAGUAAUGCUGAAUCUUUAGAAAAAGAGGUGCAGGUGAAAUAUUUGGAUGACAAGAAUAGGGUAGAAUUAACUAGAGAAGAUGUUGCAAUUGAUGACAUGGAUGCUGGAAUGACAAGGAGAGUGGCCAAUGGUCCCGAACUACUGGAUGCAGAGUUGGGGAUGCAUACUGUUCUUGAUGAAGAUAAGGUGUUAUUGACGAAUGAUGAUAUUGUGACUGACGAAAGAGUUAGGGUAGUUGGAAAAAUAAUUGCUGACAAUGGUGAAAGUUUGGAAGGAGAGUUGGAUGGGGAGGCAAUUGAAGGUCAGAAAGGGAUAACAAUCAAUAACGUGGUAGCAACUGCUGAAAGUGAUGCUGCUGCUGGAGGAAUUGCUGCUGGAAAAUCUGAAUUUUCAGAAGAAGAAUUGGAAAGGGAUCCUGUUGAGGAAAAGAGUGACAAGUUUUCUGGUCAAGAAGAGGACAAGUAUCCUUUACGGACUAGUGAGUUGGAGAAUUUGGUUGUUGAAGAGGUAAGAAAGUAUGAGGCAGCUUGCAAUUGGACUAAUGCCGAAUCGGUAAGAAAGUAUGAUAAUGGUGAUCACGAAGAUAGUGAUGAUGACGAUUGGGAGGGAGUAGAGAGGAGUGAAAUGGAGAAGGUUUUUGCUGAAGCUGUUAACUAUGUGGAGAAGGAGUGGAAACUAAACAAUAAUUGGUCUGCUAAUCCAAGGGGUAACAUCCCAAAGCGCUUGUAUGGGCUUCAUAAGGUUGCUAUUGAAGGACCAUGUAAUGUGCCUCCACCAAUGGCUCUUAAGGUCACUGCUCGAGCUAAAUGGAAUGCAUGGCAAAGUCUUGGUAACAUGAGUCCAGAGGUUGCCAUGGAAGAAUACAUCAAGAUUCUGUCAGAUGCUGAUCCUGGAUGGAUGCUAGAUUUAAAUGCUGUGAGUUUUUCUUUACAUAUGAAAAUUUGCAGUCAUAUCAAAUGAAGGCUUCCAGCUAAUAUCUCUGACUUUAAGUUGCAGGAAGGUGAUGUACGUAAUUAUUUAGAAGCUGGAGUAGAAGGUAGUCUGGAUAACAGGCCAACCUCUUCCAAGGACUCUCAAACUAACUUUGAGUUCAGUUGAGUGAAUCAAGGAUUUUAACGUGUCUUCAAUACAUGUUUUCACGAAGCAAAAAGUGAACUCUGCUGUGGAUGAGAUUAGUUCAAUAGAGUCCAUAGAAAGAUAACAUAAGUUUUCUUUGCGCAUGCUAACAGUUGUUUUCUUUCAUAUCUCAAUUUACAUUUUGCACCCUGCUGAUACAGAUUAGUACUUUUAUUGUCUAAAUAAGUGAAGCUUCUUCCACUAGUGAUGGUCUCUAUCAAUUUGAGUCAUUGAGCUGAGCAGGGCAGAGGCUUAUAUGAGAACUUUAAUUAAGUAGGGUUUCAGGAGUUGGUCCUUGAAAACUGAUUGUAGAUCAUUGUGAUCAAUCUUUUCAGCGUGAACUAUCUUCUCUUUCCUGGUUAGGAAUCAAUGUGCUGGAGCAGUCUCGGUUAACAUGAACCAUUUUUACUGUUUCAAUACCUAUAUUGUAAAUGGCCUGACUUCAUUAAGAUCUAAGAUUGUUAUUAAAGUCAUGUAUUUAAAUGGAAGGAAGAUUACCUGCGCUAGUCUCUAGGUUGUUUUUGGCUGACUGCAACUAAAUACUGAUGGACCUGUCUAUGCAGGCUGAUGCCUGGUAGAAGAACCUAAGUUGGUAGAUCGAAAAGUGUUUAAGAUUCUCCUGCUAUUACCCGAAUUCGAAUCUAAAUGAAAGUAAUUUCUUUCGUAAAGGACUGAAUUAAUCAGUAAACUGCAAUUCGCCUCGAAUCUCUAGACUAGUUACCAUUAUCCCUUAAUCCCAUCCUUCACUUGUUAGAAAUUUUAACUGUGCGUUGAUGCAGCUAACUUCAGCUCUACUUACAAUGAAAAUUACCUUUGAUAUUUCAGGUCUAAGAUCGAGAAAGCUUGAUUGACUGCAUGGAUUUGCAGCGGCCCUGCGGCAGGGUGUGUUGUCUAUUUGUCUUUCCUCCUAUGUACAUAGUGCUUCAGUGUUGGGACUUGUUUGCCCCACCGAUAUAAUUUAUUUAUCCCACGGCCUAUCAUGAAUCAAUGAUUAUGGUCUCAAAGUGGAAUUAGUUCAUAUAUGUAGGGAGAAUAUCAUCAAUUUAUUAAGAUAUGAAAUGGCUAAUUCGCUUGUUCUUUGUCACUUAUUCCAUCUGUUUUGUAAUUUGAACAUUACCACAAAGUAUGGCUCAUUUCAAUGCUUUAUUACAUCAUUGCGGAAAAUACGGAGCAGAUGUUCAUUAAGUCUGUAAGCUUUUAUUGCAUCAUAAUACAAUGGGCUAAAAGAGUGAACUCUUGGCAGAUUCAUAAGAGUACUCAGAUUGCUGUAACAUGAACAUUUUUACCAGCAGUAAAACAUUACAGCACUUAUUCAGAAGCUUAAUAGUUGGAAGAAGAUUAUACUACAUACAUUAAAUGAAAGCUAGCAGAAUAGCAAGUAAAGAAACUUAAAACUGGAGAAAAAAAGGAUCCUUAUUUGCGUGAUGACAGCAUAGUGAGUUUCAAUCCAUGGAAACAUGUUUAUUGCAGCCCCUUUGUCCAGAUUUAGGGCUGUUCAGGAUCCUCUUUGUCCUUCAUUGACUUGCCUGUUGGCAAAAUUUUGGGGCGUUUGAGGCUAUAUUGUUCAGCUCCUCCAUCUUGGCUGCCAUAUGCUGAGCCUGAACCCGAAUGCCAGCCCCGGCCAGAGCCAUACUGAUCACUUCCCCCGCCAGGACCAUAACUUCCUCCAUCCCAGCCACCAUUGUGCCCACCACCAGGCCCAAAUCUGCCUCCCGGACCAUAACUCCCUGCUCCACGAGAACCACCACCAAAUCCACCACCAUUCCCGCCUCCAGGGCCAUAUCCAUUGUCUGGUCCACCUCCAUUGCCGAAUCCACCUCCAGCCCCAAAACCAUGUCCAUCUCGAGAACCUGAUCCUUGUCCACUCCCACCCAUCUCUCCACCAUAAUGUCCAUAACCGUUAGCCGUUAGCUUCACGCGAUUUGCAGCCUCUUUAGCACGCUCCAUGCGGUGCUCUUUAACUAUGUCAGGAUGUCUACUACCCAAAGUUCUCCCUGUUGGUUCAAUACCAUUAGCAGCCUCUUUGGCAAGAUCCAUAUCAGUAGGAUAAUUACCGAAAGUUCUGCUUGUUGGUUCCCAGCCAUUAGCACUCUCCUUGGGGUACUGUUUAUCUAUGCCAGCGUGAUGAUUACCCCAACUUCGCCCUUUUAUUUCCACGGGAUCAGCAGCCUUUUUGACAGGCUCCAUGCGGUGCUUUUUCCCUAUCUCAGAAUGAUGAUUACCCAAAGUAAUCCCUCUUAGUUCUGCGCCAUUGGCAGCCUCUUUAGCAUGCUUCACCGGGUUCUUCACGGGGUUCUUUUGAUCUAUGUCAGCACGAUGAUUACCCAAAGUUCUCCCUAUUCUCGCAGCUUCCACGGCUAACUGAUAAUUCAGCCCUGGACACAUGAGAACCAGGAGAACAAAGGUACACCAUGAAGCCAGAUUAUGUUUUGCCAUAGAUUUUUCUAGGCGAGUUGCAAACAAAAGGAAGUUUAUGGUUCACUCUGUAAUAGCUCAGAAAAGGUGAAUGAAACGAAUUCAAAGGUUAGGCUCACGAAAUGCUCAAUAACAUCAAGAUGCUUUUCAAGAUGAGAAGGUAAUUCCUAACUGCAAUUACUUAAGGCCAAAUGGUAUAGCAGCAGAGACCAAAAUGUUGGGUUAAUUAGUUGUUGGUAGCUGGCAGUUUCUCUCUGUUUAUAUAGAAGAUUGAAGAUCACUGCUUCAGGGCUCAAGGUAUAUGCAUGUGCAACGUGAAGUAUGAUGCAGAAAGAGCGCAUUGGUGGCGGUCGUUAGGCGUGGGAGAUGGCCUUGGUGAAGAUUGCAGUUUGCGUGAUUAAUAUCAGAGUUUCCAUCCCAUGCAAACAAGAUGCACAAAGUGGCAAGAAAAAUGAGUGCCU